UCUCGAACUUUACAGGUCUCAGUCUGUUUAGAUCGUUCGAAUUGUGAAAACGUAUUGCCGUUCUCUGGUACUAAUUUGCCCAUACCGUGCGAUUUUACUAUACAAUUUUUGCUGAGUGAAAGUCAGAUAAUAUUUUGUAUACAAAAAAUUUAUCAAAAUAAAUAAAAUUUUGUUUCAAUUAAAUUUGCUCUUGAGUGCAUUGUUUGUGGGUUUUUGGUUUAGUGUACAAUAACAAUAUGAGUGCUGUAGAGGAGAUCAUUAACUAUAAGCGGAGCCCUGACGAGGAUUUUUAUGCGAUUUUAAAUUGUGACGAGAGCUCAUCUGUUGAACAGAUCCAAGCUGAAUACAAGGUUCUGGCACUUCAAUAUCAUCCAGACAAAAAUAAUGGCGAUAAGGAUGCCGAAGCUAAAUUUCAAUCACUCAAGCAAGCCAAAGAAACGUUGUUAGACCCAGCCAAACGUGCUAACUACGACAAAUGGCGUAACAGUGGCGUUAACAUCAGUUACAAAAAUUGGUUGGGCAUGAAGGAGCACGUACAUCAGUCAAUGCAUUGGGCCACCCCAAAAACUAAAGAUCGUAUGCUACCCGAAACUGGUGUCCCUAGCGGCCUAUCAGCUGGACAACCGAAUCCAGCUCAUCGUCGUGCAUCGGAGGGAGGUGCCGCAUUGUACUAUGGCAGCCGUAAGGCUGAAAUGGGUGCAGAUAAUUCGGAAAUUGCAAACAAAUUCCGUAACUACGAAAUUUAAAUUGAAUUUUGAAAAGGGAAUUUUUUUUUCAAUUUUUUUCUGUCAGUUGAUCUUGUGAAGAAAAUAAAAUAAAAUCAGAAAAAAAUGUACUUGUAGAUUUGCUGCUCAAAAUAAAGAAACAAAAAAAAUAUAUAUUUUACUUGAAUAAGAAAAUAAUAUUCUCAGUCGUGUCUCGUUUUACCUUCCCCCCAAAUGUGCUAAACAAGAGAAAAAAACUCGAUGAAAUUUGAAGAUGACAACAGAAUAAAAAAAAAAAUUGACAAAAAUUUAUAGGAAAUUUAUGUUUUUCACAAAUUCACAAUUGAGAUCAAAUAAAUGGACAAACCACAGAGCAUGCAAAUGUUCAUUUAUUUGCGAUGGGAAAUGUACGAUUUUCUAUGAAGUCAUCGCUUCUUAUCUUGAAAUUUCAAAUUAAGAUAAAAAAAAUAAAACUAAAACCAACCCAUUGACUCUUGAGUGUAGUAAAUUAAAUUUUCAAUUAAUCGUUAAAUUAAGAACAUAAAAUUAAUUCAACAUCAUUGUAUCGACACUGAAAUUCAUCAAUAUAUGCAAGAAGCACCAACAUAUUUAACAACAA